GGACUGCCAGCCCGUCAGGUACGGCAACGUGACACACGAAGCGUGGCCCAGCGACAACAGGACAGGUGGCCCGGUGGCUACCACCAGGACGUUUGUUUCUUACAUCCCCCCGGAGGGCGAGGAGCGCAAGGUGGUCUAUGGCCACUUCACUUUCGUGAGGAACCCGCUGAGGACCUUCUCAGUGCUGGAGCCGGGUGGCACGGGAGGCUGCCAGGCACACCGCAGAGCCACCGUGGAAGAGACCGCAAAGCUCGGGAAGUGCCUGGUGGCCCAGAACGGUGGGUACUUUAACAUGGAGACUGGGGAGUGUUAUGGGAACGUCGUGAGCGAUGGAAGACUGGUGAGAAACUCCGGAGGGCUGCAAAACGCUCAGUUUGGCAUCCGGAGAGACGGCACCAUGGUGUUCGGUUACCUGUCUGAGGAAGACGUCUUGGAUCAAGUGAACCCUUUUGUGCAGCUCGUGAGCGGCGUAGUUUGGCUCCUACGAGACGGAGAAGUGUACAUCAGUCAGAGUCAAGUGGCUGAGUGUGGUGAAACUCAAACCACAGGGACCUUCAACAAGUUCAUCAAUGUGGUGUCAGCCAGGACUGCGGUCGGACACGACAGGCGGGGGCAGCUGGUCUUGGUUCACAUGGACGGACAGACGGAAUCCAGAGGGGUCAACCUCUGGGAAAUGGCCGAAUUUCUGAAGCAGCAGGGAGUCAUCAAUGCCAUCAACCUGGAUGGUGGAGGGUCCGCAACGCUGGUCUUGAACGGGACCCUGGCAAGCUACCCCUCUGAGCACUGCUCCUUCGACAGCAUGUGGCGUUGCCCUCGGAGCAUCUCGACCGUCAUGUGCAUCCACGAGCCCACCUGCGAGCCCGCGGACUGCAGCGGGCACGGGGCCUGCGUGGAGGGGGAGUGCCGCUGCGCCGGGGGCUUCUGGAGCGGCCCCGCCUGUGACAUCCUGGACUGUGGCCCUUCCAACUGCAGCCUGCGCGGCGUCUGGACCGACUCUGGAUGCCUGUGUGAUGCCGGCUGGACUGGCAGCAACUGCAGCCAAGCGUGUGCUCAUGGUUUCUACGGGGACGCUUGCGCCCAGAAAUGCCUGUGCCAGAACGGUGGCUCGUGCGACCCCGUGCGCGGAACCUGCUCCUGCCCGGCUGGGUACUACGGCACCAGCUGCGAGCAAGAGUGUCCCAUGGGCUGGUACGGGCCCGGCUGCCAGAAGCAGUGUGCGUGUGAGCACACGUGUCCCUGCGAGCGGAGGACGGGCAGCUGCAACAUCACCUACGACUCAGCGAUGCAGGACCAGUUAAACAGAGCGGAGCGGUGUUUGGCUUCCCUGAACAAGGCAAGGAGCAAAGAAAAGUUCUUUCUAAAAAGCUGGAUCUCCGUGACCUCUGUCUUGGCUCUGCUGCUCGUGAUUAGCGCCGUGGGCAACGUGGGCCUCUUGCUGAAGGCCAGGUCAGAGAGGCAGCACCAGAGCGGUGACUAUCUCUACCACCCCCUGAGGGAGAUGAACGGGGAAGCCAGUCACACCUCCACGUCGGCUGCCUGCGAGCUGGAAGAGGCUCAGGAGCAGAGUCAGGCCCUGCUGCAGAGCCCCGGAUGA